AUGGCCAAGGCCAACGGGACACGUCACCGUGUCCUCGCCGAUUCCCCCGUUUAUCCCCUCGAGGAGAAGUUGAAUGCCGUCGAAGCGGCGCUCGAUAUACGGGCGGCGGAAAAUGCCAACGAAGCUGACAACGAGCGAUUGCUGCUGGUUCUCAACCCGCAGCUGGAGCAAGUCGAACCAGCCCCACUCGACAAUGUGUCUGUUGAACAGCUGGACGCUAUCGAGAAGCAGCUCGAGUCUCUGAAGUGCCCGCUGGCGCCGACCGAGUACCAUCACAAGUCCAGGCUCAGCUCGACAAGAUCGCAGAGC